GACGAAUGAAAAGAAAACAACUAAUAUUUUAUUAUAUUUUUCUUCUCAAACCUUUAAUUUAAAUGAAAUAAAAGACAUUUAACUUAUUCCAAUCUCACCAAAUCUCCUAUAGACUGUAGUUCGAUUUAGUUUUGUCCAUAUUUACUGCCGUAAUCGGAGAUGAGCCGAGGCGUACGUCAAAGAGUAGUGAAAAUGUGGUGUCUGUAAAUUGUUAACCACCGACUUCUUUACUUAAUUUUGUGAAUUGACACAUACUUUAACUUUCCAAUAUGCCUAGUGAAGUGAAAGUAGCUGUUGUGUGUUCCAGCAACCAAAAUAGAAGCAUGGAGGCUCAUAAUUUUCUGAGCAAGAAGGGUUACAGUGUUCGAUCGUUUGGAACAGGAAACCAAGUUAAACUACCAGGGCCCUCUCCUGAUAAACCUAAUAAUUACGAUUUCAAUGUUACAUAUGAUGAGAUGUUCAAAGAUUUAUCUCAAAAAGACCCAGAACUCUACACACAGAAUGGUAUCCUACACAUGUUAGACAGAAACAGAAGAUUGAAACCGAAACCUGAGCGCUUUCAGAACUGUUCAGAUAAAUUUGAUAUUAUAAUGACCUGUGAAGAGAGGGUAUAUGACCAGGUCAUAGAAGAUUUAGAGAACCGUGAGAAAGAUGGAGGUCAAGCUGUACAUAUUAUAAAUAUUGAUAUUCAGGAUAAUCAUGAAGAAGCCACCAUUGGAGCUUUCAUGAUUUGUGAAUUAGUGGCAAUGUUAGCGAUAUCAGAUGAUCUGGACAAUGAUGUGGAUGAAAUUGUACAAGAGUUUGAAUCCCAGACUAAAAGGACUAUAUUGCAUACCGUGGCUUUCUAUUAACGGUGUCUGUAAAAUGUGGAUUUAUGUGGUUCACUUUUAUAUUUGAUUUGUAUACAAUGUACUUUGGAGGGGGAGGGGGGGUCUGGGUUCUUAUAUUAAAACCUUUACAUAAUUGAAACUUAUAUACCAGACAACAUCACAGGGGGUACACGAGAGGCCAUCUUCACAAGAUGUUAAAAUCUUCGUCCUAUACCUUGACUACAAUAGCCAUAGCUCUUGUAUCAUAGGAUGCAGCGAUUUGUUAUACACCAGCGAAUACAGCCAAACAGAGCCUUCGACAGAAUCGCUGUAAUAUUAUGACAUCAUGUUCACAGACUUUCUGCCAAGGCCUCAGAUCGGCUGUAUUCGCUAGCGUACAAUCCAAUCAAAUCAUUUCAUUCUGAAACUUCCAUUACAAGAAGUAUGAACAUUGCCACCCUGAACGUCUUAUAUUAAAAAUCGUACAGGAUUGAUACAGAAUGGUACUGGAAUAAUACACAGAAACUUCUCUUUUUCUUCCUUUAUCCGACAUUAUUUCGGUUACAAAUCUUUUUAAAGACAACAGCAACUUCUUUACGAAAUUUAACACUCUUUCUAUAGUGGAUCACAAAAUGUCCAAGUAGACCGAGCGUUCCGAAAGUCAGUGGUAUUACUAAGAUCUUUAUAGGAGUGUAUUCUGUGAAGACGAAACGACUUAAUAUACUGGCAACGAUCGUAGGAAAAUAACAACUGGAUGACCAAAUGUAAAUCAGAAACAUUGUCCGAGUUCGCAUAGAAGCCUCUUUGUUCAUGGGUCUAGAUCCGUCCCGUGGUACAAUUCUUCCUCUGGCCUUUAUGCUUAUUCUUAAGAAUAACAAAAAUGUCGCAAGACACACGAUCGGUGUCAAUAUUAUAAUAACCAUGCUGGUAGUUUUGUUGCCGCUACAUCUGAAAACUUCGUCUUGUUCUGGAACGGCAGAAAAAUCGCGACAAACCGCAGGGAUAGAUCCAAUGACAUAGACCAAGCUGCAACAGAUCCGCACAUGUUUAUUUUUAAGUUGUGUAAGAUGAAAGGUAGUGUACGUAACAGAGAUGUAGCGCUCGAUUCCUACGAGCAGAAAUCCAAGAUUCCAGAACGUUACCGUGGUAUAACCGCAAAAUUCCAAAAGCUGACAAACUGGGGAAGUAAUGAUGCCAACAUAUUGUUGGAUGCUCACAAUCAACAUUGCUGGGAGACCUACUAUAUGGAUUAUAAUGCUUAUUAUGGAUAGGUUGAAGACCGGGAUAUCAAUUAACGGCAUUUCUGGUAGCCGACGAUUCAGUCGUAUCAUUAUAUACAGAUGAAAAAUGUUUACUGUCAAACCAAUUGGUAUGUAAAUCGCCAGAAGCACACCGCCUAAUAACAAAACAUCAAACAUAUUCUUCUGUUUCGGGGUGGUCUUUUUUAAAAUAAAGUUUGUUCCUUCACUUCGUAUGAUAUUAUAUUUUUCUUUUUUAAAUAUUUUCAACUGACAAAUUUUUCUCCGAUCUAAUAAAUUUUCUCCACC